CUGUGAAAGAAAGGUCGUAGCCGAGCUAUAUAUACAGAUCACUACUGACAGACCAACAAGGGCAGCGUCGCCCGUCGAUCGCCACACAUGGGGUUCCUCCGGCUCCUGCCACUCCUCCUCCUGCUCCUGCUGCCCCCAAGCCUCCGGGAGUACCUCUCGCCGGCGAUCAACCGCAUGCCGGAGGAGGAAGGUUAUGGAAGUACUAGUAGUACCGCUGCUCCCGGCGGCGGCGUCCUCCACCCGAUGGUGCUGGUGCCCGGGUUGACCUGCAGCGAGCUGGAGGUGCGCCUCACGGACGCCUACCGCCCGACCCUGCCGCACUGCGGCGCCAUGAAGGGCAAGGGCUGGUUCGGGCUUUGGGCCAACUGCUCCGACCUCCUCGCGCACCACUACGUCCCGUGCUUCGUGGAGCAGAUGAGCCUCGUCUACGACCCCGCCGCCGGCGACUAUCGGAACCUGCCCGGCGUCGAGACGCGCGUCCGCAACUUCGGCUCCUCGCGGGGCUUCCAGAGGAACCCAGUAUUCACGGAUUGGUGCUUCGAGGUCCUCAGGCAGGAGCUGGAGAGGAUCGGGUACCGCGACGGCGACACCCUCUUCGGGGCGCCCUACGACUUCCGCCACGCCCCGCCGGUGCCCGGCCAGCCGUCCGAGGUCUUCUCCCGCUACUUACGGCAGCUGACGCGCCUCAUCGAGGACGCGAGCAGGAGGAACCAGGGCAGGAAGGUCAUCCUCUUCGGCCACAGCUUCGGCGGCACGGUGGCGCUGGAGUUCGUGCGGAGCACCCCGAUGGCAUGGCGGGACCGGCACAUCAAGCACCUCAUCCUCGCCGCGCCGCUCCCGCCGGGAGGCUUCAUGAAGUCGGUGCAGUACUUCGCGUCCGGGACGGACCUCCUCUUCAUCCCGGGAGUCUACCCGCUGGCCCUCACCCUGCGGCCCAUGUGGCGGACCUUCGAGUCCGCCGUCGUCAACUUUCCAUCGCCGGCGGUGUUCGGGCGCAAGCCGCUCGUGAUCACCAGGGAGCGGAACUACUCCGCCCACGACAUGAUGGACUUCCUCGCCGCCACCGGGUACGGCACCGCCGUGGAGCCAUUCAGGAGGCGGGUAGUCCCCAAGAUGGACCACUUCCAGGCGCCCAUGGUGCCGACGACGUGCCUCAACGGGGUGGGGAUCGAGACGCCGGAGCAGCUCGUGUACUGGGACGGCGACUUCGACGCGAACCCGGAGACAGUGAACGGCGAUGGGGACGAGGAAAUCAAUCUAGUCAGCAUGCUGGCAUUCGAUGAGCAGAUGCGCCGGCAGCCGAAGCAGAACAAGCUGUUCAAGACGAUCAAACUUCAUGGGGCUAGGCACGGUACGAUUGUGACGGAGGACUGGGCGCUGAAGCGAGUCAUGCAAGAAAUCCUUGAAGCCAAUCGUAUCUAGGGCUCUAGGCGAUCAUAAAAGAAUCUAUAUAGUGAGCUUUCAGGCAUGCAGCUAGCUAGAUGGUUAGAUCUUUAUAAUUGUUAGCAACAGAUUGUGCUUGUAACUGUUUGGACUUGGUUCGUCCGUGUAAGUAGCUGGUAUACCGUGCAUACGUAGCUAGUGCUGUUGUGCAGUCAGUGGUAUAAAUGCCCGGGCGCACAGACCUUGUACUCUAUAUAUAUGUACAUCAAGCACAUGAAUACAAUUGUUGUUGCUUCAGUCGCA